AGGUUAGUAUAUCAACGAGUAUUUACACAAUUUUCUCAUAAACUUCAUAAUACUGGCUCUUUUUCGCGUCUUUUCACGUAAAAUGAGCACGUUAAAGAACUUUUCUUUAUCGCCUGUCGAGGUACGCGGUAUGAAAGUGUUAAAUCGGGAGAAAUUCUUGCGUAAUAUUGAAGUAUCAAUAUUGAAAGUGGCUGAAGAGAAACUUUCCAAAGUCACACAACAUUGCAAGCACUACUUCCUAAAGUUGGAAAAUUUCAAGCCAGUACAAGAUUUCGACUUGGAAGGUGAAUAUAGAAAAUGUAUUUAUUUAAACCCAGAAAUUGUCUCACAGUGGAAAGAUAUAUCAGAACAUGUAAGAGAGACACUAAUUACUCACGGUAUUGAUGAAGCCAACUUUGUUACUAAAUUAGUUCAGCUAUCAUAUGACAAUUGGCGUUAUGAUACCAUAUUCAAAGCUGUCUUACCCGAGGAUGAAGAAAUUGUCAGUGGUUUCUCACAAAUAGGACAUAUCAUCCAUUUAAAUCUACGUGACCACCUCUUGGAAUACCGACAACUAAUAGGUCAAGUAUUAGUUGACAAAAUAAAAACAUGCCGCACCGUGGUCAACAAGAGCAACAUAAUUGAUAAUACGUAUCGUAACUUCAGUAUGGAAGUGAUUGCUGGUGAUGAAGACUUCUUCGUAACUGUUAAAGAAAAUAACUGCAUAUUCCAAUUUGAUUUUUCUAAAGUAUACUGGAACCCAAGACUUUGUAAGGAGCACGAAAGAAUUAUAACACUUUUAAAACCAUCAGAUGUGUUAUUUGAUGUCUUCUGUGGAGUAGGCCCGUUUUCAAUACCUGCGGCAAAAAGAAAAUGUAGAGUUUAUUCCAAUGAUCUAAACCCUGAUUCUUUUAAAUGGCUGAACCAUAAUGCAAAGAAUAAUAAACUAAAUUUAUCCUUGUUUAAAUCAUACAAUCAGGAUGGAAAAGAUUUUAUUUGUGAUGUUUUCAAAGAGUAUUUAAUAGAAUGUUGUAGAAAUAAUGAAAUUAGGGAAGUAAAAAUUCAUGUGACAAUGAACUUGCCUGCAAUGGCUGUCGAGUUUUUGAAGUAUUUUAGAGGAUUAAUAGAAGAUAAACAAUAUAUGGACAAGUUUAACUGUGAAAUAAUAGUGUAUGUGUAUUGCUUUGCAAUGGGUGAUGAUCCUGUGAAUAUAGCUAAGUGUAUGGUGAACGAUAACAUGGGUUGUGAUAUGUCAUCAUAUAUUGUGGAUGUGUUUGACGUGAGAAAUGUCUCACCCAAAAAAGAAAUGAUGCGAGUGACAUUUAAACUUACAAAAGAAGUAUUGUUUGAUGUGAACAAUUAUGAACCACCUGCAAAAAAGUUAUGUGUUAAUGACUGAUAUAUAAGUAUAUAAAUAAUAAUACUUAUGAGACUUCAAUGUAUAAGUGUUAAUUUUAAUUCAUCACUUUAUUAGGCAGAUUUGUCUUUGAAAUUCUAAUUAAAUACUUUAUUUUUUAUAAAGACAGAUACUUAUGUCUGUCAAAUAAUUGAAACAAAAUUUGUAUAGACUGAC